AUGUCAUACGCUGUAAAUUCGUUACUUGACACUGAUGUGUACAAAUUGUUUAUGCAGAAUGCUGUUUUGGCACAUUAUCCUGAAGUGGAGGUCGUUUACACCUAUAAGAAUAGAACUCCUUCAAUGAAAUUGAAUUCUGAUGCAAUUGAAUGGAUUAAAACACAAGUGAACCAUUUAGGAAAUUUGACAUUUAGUGAUGAUGAGAUUGACUAUCUUAAAUCUAAAUUACCUCAAUUGACUCCUGAUUAUCUUGAAUACUUGAAAACCUUCAAAUUGGAUCCUGAAAGUCAAGUUAAAUAUCAAGAAGAUGGAGAGUUCGGUAUCGAAAUAGUAGGUUUAUGGAAGGAAACUAUAUUGUACGAAAUUCCAAUAUUGGCAAUUGUCUCUGAGUCAUACUUCAAAUUCGUUGAUACUGAUUGGAACUAUGAAAAUCAAGAACAUGUAGCUAUCAGUAAAUGCAAAGCACUUUUCGAUAAUCAAUGUAGAUUUAGUGAAUUUGGUACUAGAAGAAGAAGAUCUUUCAAAUCUCAAGAUAUUGUUGUGAGAGCCUUAUCUGAUUUUGCUUUACACAAUCCAAACGAAGCACAAUAUCUCUCAGGGACUUCCAACGUGUUGUUGGCAAAAAUUUAUAAUUUAACUCCUAUUGGUACCGUUGCUCAUGAGUGGUUCAUGGGAGUUGCAUCCAUCACUCAAAAUUAUGUUGAGGCCAAUAAGACUGCUAUGAAACUUUGGAUUGAUACUUUUGGUGAAAAGUAUGCUGGAUUAGCUUUAACUGAUACUUUUGGUACUGAUGCUUUCUUAAAAAGUUUCAACAAACCUUUCUCAGAUCAUUAUGCUGGUGUGAGACAAGACUCAGGUGAUCCUUUGGUCUAUGCUGAAAAGAUCAGUACUCACUACAAGAAACUUGGCUACCCAGAUCAUUCCAAAGUGAUUUGUUUCAGUGAUUCCUUGAACAUUGAAAAAUGUUUGAAAUAUCUGCAAAGAGCCAAAAGUUUGGGUUUAAUACCGAUUUUUGGUAUUGGUACGUUCUUCACCAAUGAUUUCACCAAAGAAAGUGAUUUCUCCGUCAAAUCGACCCCACUUAAUAUUGUCAUCAAAUUGAAGGAAGCUGGUGGUCAUCCAUCAAUCAAAAUAAGUGACAAUUUGAGUAAAAAUAUGGGAGAUGAGACAGUGGUAAAAUCAGUUAAACAACAAUUGGGUUAUCAAGAAAGGGAUUGGAGCGAAGGUGAUGAAUCCAAAAGAUGGUAA